CAUCAAAUUGGUUGUUUAAAAAUGUUUAGAUUACCGUCGGUUGUUUUCAUAUUCACCAAAGUUGCUUCGGUGGCCUGUUUUUGCAACAUCACAUACAAUUCAUCCGAUGUAGUUGUGACUUGUAAUACAUUUUUUAAUGCGUCUGUUAUACCUAAAAAUGUUACAGUGCUGAAUUGCCACGUCAACAAGGUCGUCUGCAACCCAAGUGUGUUUUGUAACCGGGAUUUCGAAAAAAUGCGCGCCAUCAACAUUUCACACAACAACUUGGAAAAUAUACCAAUGGGUUGCUUUUCAUCGUUUUCAAAUUUAGAAUGGUUAACAAUAUCAAACAAUGCAAAACUGGGUUUACAUAACUUGUUUCAUGCAGCCUACGGAAUCGACAGGACCAAAAUUAAACAUAUUUUUGCAAGCAAUAUCAACCGCGUUCAGGUUACUAUUCCAUUUCCGAGGAAUAUUUCAACAUUGCUUACAAAGACUUCACUCCAAACUUUUCAUAUUGCAUACAACGAUAUUAAGACUAUGGAACAAGGUGGCAUCUACUUCUGGCCAAGGACAUUGCUAGAACUAUCUGUUCGCGGAAACCGAUUUGAUUUAGAUUACUAUAUGUUAGAAAUUGUCAACCUCAACAAGUUACGGAAACUUGACUUUAGUGAGCAAUGUUCAACGCGUAGAUACUUUUAUGGAAUACGACGACACACUUAUUUGGAGAUAGAUAUGAACAACAAAACCGGCCAUUACUGCAAAGAUAUAACUGUAGGAUACCUAGUUCAUGUGACUUCAUUAAGUCUUAAAACCUUAAUCGCAACAGGCAUGGUAUGGGGGACUCCUUGCAUUCCGCGUUUGAACAUUGCAAAUCACAGUCAACUAGAACACAUAGACUUUUCCAGGGGUGAAUAUUAUGAGUGGAUAGGUCCCAUUGAUGUUAAUCCUCAAUUCAACAGCAUAAAAACAUUUGACUUAUCACACAGCCAAUGCCGUUUUAUCAAGAAUGGUUUUUUCAAGAACUUAACACAGCUUACAACACUAAACAUCAGCUAUAAUUUACUUGGUCCUUUCAUGGCCACAAAUGAGGCAAAAAAAGUUUUCCAAGGGCUCAAAUCUUUAAAAUAUUUGAAGAUGACAAACAACUUUAUAAAUCAUCUCCACAAAAACCUGCUGAAGGAUAGCAUGUUUUUAGAGGAGCUUUACAUUGGCAGUAACGAGAUAGAGUCAUGGACUUUAGAUAUAAGUCAUCUGAAGUUUUUAACUUUAAUUGAUUGUUCCGGCAAUAAACUCGCAACUCUUCCGAAAUCAGUCAGAGAUAGGCUGGACACAACAAGUCAAAACAAAACGGUAAAAGUGAAUCUUCUUCAUAAUAAGAUUUUAUGUUCUUGCGAAAACUUGGAUUUUCUAGAAUGGUUGUUUACAUCGAAGGUGGAUAUUUUAAAAACUGAAGAAUGUACGGGUAUUAAAGGCAACAUAACAUAUGGGUAUCAGUAUCUGAAGGAAGAAUGUGGUAAGGACCAACGAGAAUGGCUGUAUCCUGUUCAGACUAUUUGUCUUCUCUUCAUUCUGUCUGUCAUCGCUCUUGUUGUAUACAAGAAACGUUGGGCACUCAUCUAUCGCUGGUACUUGUUUCGUCUCAGACGGAAACGAUACAUUCCAAUUGGGGGAUGCAAUGAUGGCUAUCAGUUUGACGCGUUUCUGUCUUUUGCUGACGAAGACAGACCAUUCGUUGACAGAGUGUUAGAGGAGUUAGAGGGAAAUCCGGAGCUUAGACUUAACGUUUGCGUUCAUUUCAGAGACUUUAUUCCUGGAAAAUCUAUUUCAAGGAACAUUGUCUCGGCGAUUCAUUCCAGUAAGAAGACAAUUGUGUUCAUGUCACACGCCUAUCUUAAAAGUGAUUGGUGCAAAUACGAAUUGCGAAUGGCUAUCACAGAAGAAAGCCACAUGAAUCGUGAAGUUGUCAUAAUGACAGUGCUUGAAGAUAUUCCCCAAAAAGAACUUUCUCUGGAGGUCCUGCAGUAUUACAAGAAGAACAGUUACAUUAACAAACCUAACACGGAGGAAGAACUAAAACUGUAUUGGAAAAUAUUAGAAAAAUUGUUGUAAAUUCCUGACAUUUUUAUAUUAAGUAAGAUACUUUAAAACAUGUAAGCCUUACAUGUGUAAUGCCUGUAUAAAGUAUGUGCAAUUUGAGUUAUGAUGACAGAAAGAUAGAAAACCUUGGAGAGUUAAAAGCGUUGUAUGAUCUUUAAAUCCUACUACGCAUAUCUGCUUGUGUGAAAGAAGUACGAUUUACAAGAGCAUACCACAUAAAUUAAUAAAAUACCAAUAAAUUGAAUUUUUUUUAAAAAAGGAAAAAAAGUUCAAGUAGGAAAUUUUAAACAAGAAAAUAAUUUACGAAGGGAGAAUAAAUUUCCUUACACUACAAACUUCCGUCAUAUUUUACAAAAGCUGUUAGAACAGGAAAUAACAUAACCAUUAAUCAGUUGUAGUUUAAUUAUGAAAUUAAAAACCAAGUUCAAAAGUUAACUGCGAUAUGAACUUGAUGGGUCACACGAUCAAAUCAUAUGUGAAGCCCGAACAGCUUCUCAUACAUUAAGUUCAUAUCCCAAUGAACUUAAUAACAUAGCUGUUUAUUUCUUAUAUUUAAAUUUGAGAAAGGCAAAUAGU